AUGAAGUCCUCAUGGAUUCUUGAUCUUAUAAUUAGAGAUGGAGAAUUCUAUGGUAAUCCAGACAAGAUAGAAGGAUCAAUGUGGUUUGUUUUAGCAGCAGAUGGCUAUCCACAACCCUUUUCUACACAACCAUGCUCCGCAUCACAGAAAUUGAAAUGGGAUUUUCCAUACAGAUUAACAUUACAAAUCAAUGAUAUUAAUAGAGCUUAUUUAUACGUUACAUUGUGCACGUAUGGACCAAAAGGAUUUGGCGUUGAAGCUCUUGGACGCUCAAGAUUUGGACUUAGAUCUUUACCAUUAGGAAGUCCAAAACAAUUUUCGUUCCCAAUCAUGGAUUCUAAAAACUCUGCAAAUGAAAUUAUGAGUGUGAGAGUUGUAGCAACUUUGUCAAUGAUAGCUCCUCAAUUUUACCUUAUUUCAAAUCCGAUGUAUCAUUCUGAAAAUACUUUAAUACAGCCUUCACCAGUUAAGAAUGAAAUAUCUGAGUUUCGGACGCUACCAAAGUGA